AUGCCCCGCCAGCAUUUACAGUUUUUCCCCCAACGCCAAAACCUUCAUUUCGCAAUUUGCCUUUUUACCCCUCUUUUCCCCCUCACUUCCCUUCCUUCACCUCGCGAUAGCCCUCGAUUCCCGCGAUACAACAUUUACACCGUCAAUUCGACCACUUCGACCGCGCAUUUCACCUCCAUGAACCACGCCCAGUAUCGGCCUUGGGAUAAUGGAUGCAUUUUGUGUAUCCAGGAGCCUUACGGUGCAAUCGAAGAUUGCGAGAUUGACUUGCUGUAUCGGCAUCAAUUUGUCGACGUGUGGCAGGUCUUUGCUUGUGAUAUUCAGAUGCCAAAGGAAGGCAUACAAAUUGGGGAUAUCAUCAAUAUUGAGAUCGUUGAUGUUGGUUGGAUUGCCGUUCACGUAGUCAUUGACUGCCGCGACGGGAUGGUUGUGGCUGUUGAUGGCGAUUGCGCAGCGGCGCAUUUUGUGAUGGCUUGUUUGGUUCUUGGCCUGUUUCGAGAUGGUCUGUUUGGGUUGGAGCCUUGGUGUUGA